AUGACGUCAAAUACAUCGACUGUCAACCCGUACCAGCCUCUACCGCCCCACGUCCACUCAGUCACCCUGUCUUCCUCGCCUUUCACCCCCACCUACGUCAAAACUGCUCUCACUCAGGCAUCGGAUCCCGACACACUCUAUGCGCAGCGCGUACAAGGACGCACCGUUCUGCUCGAGAACCCCGCACGCGAAAGUCGCGCCAAGAAAGAGGGCAAUGCUCGACGAGCGCGCAAGGUCGCACAAAAGAAACGCAAGGCCCUUGGUGUGAUGAGCUCGCGGGAGGCGAAGGGAAAGGGGCUAUGGAAGCUGGAAAAGGGCGCCGAGAAGUUCGAGCUGUUUGUUCCCCUCCACCACCUAUGGAUGGGAUACAUGUCGGAGCUUCUCGGGCUUGCGCCGCUUCUGCCGAUGGCCACCCCCUCCGCCUCUGCGAUGCCCCCUGCAUCAUCGAUGCACGUCAAACUCGUGAAAGCUGAUAUGCACGGAUCUAUUCUCAAAGUCUCGCAGAGCAAGAAUCCAUCGUUGGUCGGUUUGGAGGGCGUCGUCAUUCACGAAACAGAGAACGCGUUCAAGGUCGUUACGCCGAAGGACAAGCUAAAACUCAUACCAAAGCAAAACACCAUAUUCGUCCUCUCCGUUCCCCUGUACGCGUUCUUAUCCCAGGCAAGCUCAGAAUCCGGCUCGGCAGAUGCGGCGCCUACGCGGCCUAUUACUAUCCGUGAACUCCCGCACAUUGAGUUCCAGCUAUACGGAAAUCAGUUCUGUUUCCGCUCGGCCGAGCGCGCAGGCAAGAAGUUCAAGGCGAAAGAGACGAUCGAGCUCUAA